AUGAGCGGAGAACCAAUCGAGCUCGCCAAUCUUGGAGCCGUGGAAGCGCCAACGGCUGCAGCGAUAUCUGAUUCCACUGCACCGCUUCCUCAAUACCCUCGUGGUAUCCGCUUGGUUCUGAUCACAGUCGGCCUUAUCCUUUCCAUCUUCCUCGCAGCUUUAGACUCGACAAUCAUCGCUACAGCAAUUCCGAGUAUCACCACCCAAUUCGGCAGUAUCAGCAAUAUAGCCUGGUAUGGCUCGUCAUACUCUAUCACUAACACUGCGUUCCAAUCCGCGUGGGGCAAAGCUUACCAGUACUUUAACCUCAAAGCGACAUUCAUGUGUGCGAUUGCAGCGUUCGAGAUUGGUAAUGUAAUAUGCGCAACUGCACCAUCGAGUGAGGUGUUGAUCUUUGGAAGGAUCGUGGCUGGCAUGGGCGGUGGUGGGGUGAUGACAGGCGCGUUCAUCAUCAUCGCAAUUACUGCUGGGCCGGAGUACAGAUCAGCGUAUAUGGGUGUGCUGGGUGUGACGUUUGGAUGUGCGAGCGUCGUAGGGCCGUUGAUGGGUGGUGCUUUGACAGAUGGCCCCGGAUGGAGGUAUUGCUUCUGGCAAGUCAACCUAGCAUCAUAUGUUCAGACAUACGGUUUGCCACCACUAGAAGCACUCGAUCGGAUGCUGAUCAGUCUACCGAUCGGUUUCGCUGCAGCGCUCACGAUGUUUCUUUGCUUCAAGAACCCCGAAAAGCCCAAAGAUGUACCUCUCCGCGAGAAAGUAUUGAAUCUGGAUCUUAACGGCGCAGUCUUACUCUCCGGGUGUUUCUCGUGCUUCAUUCUGGCCAUGCACUGGAUAGGCAUCAUACCUUGGACGAGUGCUCGUGUUAUUGGCAGCUUCGUGGGCUUCGCAAGUCUCUUCAUCUGCUUUGCCGUCAACGAGUAUGUCAUGGGCAGCCGUUCUAUGGUACAGUUUCACUUGUUCAAGAACAAAUUGGUUUCAGCCAAUUUGCUCUAUGCCAUGUUCCUUGCUGGCGCCUUCUUCCCACUUAUGUAUACGCUACCCAUUCAGUUUCAAGCUGUCGACAACAACACGGCUUCGCAAAGCGGUAUCCGGCUCAUCCCGCUUGUCAUGGGCGUCUCGGUCUUCACCAUGAUAUCGAAUGGACUGCUCACAUUUUGGCGCCAUUACAAGCCCUUCUUCUUACUUGGCGCACUCUUUGCUGUGGUUGGCAAUACGAAGAUACACUCCCUGGACGCCAGUACACCAAUCAAAGACUGGGUUGGCUUCGAACUCUUGACAGCCAUGGGAGUUGGCCUCGCUCUUCAAAUCCCGAUGAUCGCGAACCAAGCCCUGGUUCCCGUUGAAGACCUGGGAGCAGCAACAUCUAUGUCGCUGUUCAUGGAGAAUUGUGGUACUGUUCUAUUUGUCGCAUCGGGUGAAGCCGCAUUCACGAACGGACUCCUUUCAAGUCUUGCCCGUAAUUUGCCACAAGUCGAUGCGAAAGUGGUAUUAGAUGCCGGCGCGACGCAGAUACGCGCUCUUUUCUCAGGUCACGAGCUGGAGCAGGUGUUGGGUGGAUAUCUAGAUGGUUGUAAGACAAGUCAUAUCGUUACUGUAGCUUGUGGAGCGAUGGCUGCGGCGAUCAGUUUGUCGAAUGCAGGGCCGGCAGCCAUCAAAGAGUUGAAGAAGAGUAUCGAAAAGAGCCAUGAGCGAUGA